GCCAGUCCAUGAACCUGGGGUCAGCGGCAGAGGAGCUGAGAUGUCUCCAUGAAGCACUAACAGCUCCAGACCCUGAGGCUCUGUUUCAGGCAUCUUCCAAAAUGGCCAGGGUUGUUAGUGAGUACUUUCCCUCAGAACAGGCCACAGACUUUAUUAAGGCCACAUUGGGUGGUAUGUUGUCUGCCAGCCCCACCUGUGCCAUGGCAGCUGGACUGUGGAUGAAGAUCAUCCUGAAGGAGUGUGGAGAUGCCAUGCUGGACAAGGUGCCAGAUAUCCUGGUUAUAAUAUAUAGCCACAUGCCUACUAUCCAGGAGGGCAGCUUGAGGCAGUUCCUGGUGGAGGCGGUGUCCAUUUUAGCUCACCGUGACCUAGAGACAGUGAUCUCCAGCCUCCUCGGCCAACCUCUGCCGAUGGACAGUGACAUCACUGAGCUGUGGAGAUCUCUGGGAGGAGACCCCUUGCUUGCCACUCAAGUCCUAAAGAUCCUGAUAGACAAGACAAAGACUCCAACAAGACAAGAAGGCCGCAUCACCUCAGAGACUGAAAUCGACAGGGAUUUGGCAGCUGCUGAACCUCUCUCA